AUUGAAUCCGCAAUCACUAGACGGUGUUGAAAGGAAAAGCUUUAAUGGCGAUGGAAGUGAUGGGCAGCCACAGACAGAGCUUCAAAAUUAUUCUCAAAAUUUUAGUUAUCCAAAAAGAAACACUAAUUUACUGCAAAAAUCCUUCGAAAAGCAGCAUGGAGGGCCACCCAUGAAAAGUUGCGUCAAAUUAGCGAUAUGUUACCACUGUACACUCCCAAUCCCACUUUUUUCCACCGCAGAAAGCUCCCUCCGCCAUUUCCUCCGGCGAGAAAGCAUCUUCCCUUUUCCCCAUUUUCACGGAAUCUUAGCAAAUCGCAUCGACUUAUUCUUCGUUGAUUCUUCUGUAAUGCACGUCCUGUUCGAGGAGUGAGCGGCUUUGUUCUCUUAGAUUCUUCCGGUUUUUCUAGCUAGGAGUAAGGGGUUUCAUGCCCCAUUUCUGAUUAGUCGGCCCACCGGCGUUAGUUCUUGCGGCGGAGCUCCGAUGGGUUGCUCACAAUCGAAGAUCGAGAACGAAGAAGCGAUUGCGCGGUGUAAAGACCGGAAGAUUCACAUGAAAGAUGCUGUUGCGGCGCGUAAUGCUUUUGCGGCUGCUCAUUCCGCUUAUAUAAUGUCUUUGAAGAACACUGGAGCUUCUUUGAGCGAUUACGCCCAUGGGGAAGUUCAGAAUCCGCAGUUGGUCAAUGAAACUGCUCAAUCGAACCCGAAAAUUGAUUCUGUUGCAGCGUCUUAUGAGCCCCUUGAGCCACCGCCGCCGCCGCUUCCGAAUUUCUUUUCUCCUCUUCCUAGAGCUGCUAGUAUGCCGGAGAUAAACAUCCUCAAGUCCGAUCUGAAGCCAGUUCCCAUUAUCGAGGAGGAGGAUGAAAAUGAAAUCGAUAAUGAGGGUUCUGUUGGUUCCUUGAGGAGGAGAAGCAAAAGAGGUAGCGGUGGAGGUGGGAGUAGCCGAAUUGGAAACACAGAGCUUGAUGCAGAAUUGGAGGGUCCCCCGCCGCCGCCGCCUACUAGUACUCCACCGCUGAAGAUGAACCGGCCAUUAGCACCGGCGCAACUACAGAAUACGACUUAUGAUUACUUCUUUGCUAUGGACAAUAUGCCUGGUCCGACUUUGAGCGAGACCGAAGAGGCCAAUAUCAAUGAGCAGGAGAUUGAGGACGACCCGUUUGAUAAAAGUCCUGAAAGAGGGGAAAAUGAUGACAUAGAGGAUCGAAGAGGGGGCAAAGAAGCUGAAGCAGUGGAGCCACCACCGCCGCCGCCUGUGGUGGCGGAGCCAUCAGCCAUAACAUCUAAGAGCUUGAAGAAGGUCGGGGGUGUAGGUUCCAUGGACGAGGCUAAAUCUAAUCUGUUGCAGAUAUUUGUGAAACUUGAUGAUCAUUUUCUCAAGGCUUCUGAAAGUGCCCAUGAAGUGUCCAAGAUGCUUGAGGCUACACGAUUGCAUUAUCACUCAAAUUUUGCUGAUGGCCGAGGGCACAUCGAUCACUCUGCCAGAGUGAUGCGUGUUAUUACAUGGAACAGGUCCUUUAGAGGAAUUUCUGAUAUGGAUAAUGGAAAAGAUGAACUUUAUGCAGAUGAUCAAGAAACUCAUGCCACUGUGCUAGAUAAACUCCUGGCUUGGGAAAAGAAGUUAUAUGAUGAAGUGAAGGCAGGGGAAAUUAUGAAAUUCGAGUACCAAAGGAAGGUUGCUGCACUGAACAGGCUAAAGAAUCGAAGUUCUAAUUCAGAAUCAUUGGAGAAAGCAAAAGCAGCCGUGAGUCACUUGCAUACAAGAUACAUCGUUGACAUGCAAUCCUUGGAUUCAACUGUCUCGGAGAUCAAUCGUUUGCGAGACCAACAGUUAUACCCAAAACUCGUUCAGCUUGUCCAUGGGAUGACAUUGAUGUGGGAGUCGAUGAGAAUUCAGCAUGAAGAUCAAUUGAAGAUUGUAAGCGCAUUGAGAUAUCUGGAUCUCUCUCAAUCUCCAAAAGAAACUAGUCUGCAUCACCACGAGCACACGGUACAGCUCUGCAACAUCGUGAGAGAGUGGCAUUUGCAGUUUGAGAAGCUCGUGUUGCGUCAAAAAGAUUACAUAAAAGCAUUAAGCAGUUGGUUGAAACUAAAUCUAGUUCCUAUAGAGAGUAGCUUGAAAGAGAAGGUUUCUUCUCCACCAAGAUCUCAAAAUCCCCCCAUUCAGAGACUUCUCAUUGCUUGGCACGACCAACUCGAAAAACUCCCAGACGAACAUCUUCGAACUGCUAUAUCCAGCUUCAGUGCUGUGAUAAAUACUAUUACAUUGCAGCAGGAAGAAGAGAUGAAGCUCAAGACGAGAUGCGACGAGACUGAGAAGGAGCUCGAGCGCAAGCAGAGGCAAUUUAAUGACUGGCAUUACAAAUACCAGCAACGAAGAAUGCCCGGCGAGUUGGACCCCGAGAAGUCGGAAGAAAAUGCACAGGACGCCGCGGUUACAGAGAAGCUGGUGGUUGUAGAGUUGUUGAAGAAGAAAUUGGAGGAGGAAAAGGAAAGUCAUGCAAAGCAAUGCCUUCAUGUGAGGGAGAAAUCACUGGUGAGUCUCAAGAAUCAGCUGCCGGAGCUCUUCAGGGCAUUGUCGGAAUUUUCUUACGUCGCCUCCGAGAUGUACAAGAACUUGAGCUCGAUUUCUGAGGUCUAAGAUUUGAAGCGUUCUUAUGAUUUGUAUGAAACCUUGUAUGUUAUAAAUAGUUAUUAUGAUUUGACAAAA